AUGGUAUUGAAGCUGUACUCCGUGGCUGAUGGCCCUCCAUCCCUGUCCUGCAGACAAACCCUAGCAGCUUUAGAUAUACCCUUCGAGCUUGUUGAUGUGAACUUUAAUAGUGGAGAACACAUGACUGAGGAAUAUGCGAAGCUGUACUCCGUGGCUGAUGGCCCUCCAUCCCUGUCCUGCAGACAAACCCUAGCAGCUUUAGAUAUACCCUUCGAGCUUGUUGAUGUGAACUUUAAUAGUGGAGAACACAUGACUGAGGAAUAUGCGAAGUUGAAUCCACAAAAAGAAAUUCCAGUUCUGGUCGAUGACGAAUUCUGCCUAAGCGAAAGCGUGGCCAUCAUGCAGUACGUUUGUGAUAGGUACAAACCGGAUUCGCAAUUGUAUCCGAAGGAGCCUAAAGCAAGGGCAUUAAUAAAUCAUCGGUUGCUGUUCAAUCUGACUACAUACUACGCUAGCAUAGCUCCUUACGCAAUGGCACCGAUAUUUUUUGACUACGAACGUACCCCUGGCGGUCUGAAAAGAGUUUACAUGGCAAUGGAGAUUUUCGAGACAUAUCUUAAUCGUCUGGGAACAACUUAUGCAGCCGCAGACCACUUGACAAUUGCUGACUUUCCGCUUAUCAACAGCACUAUGGUCUUGGAAGCUAUUGAUGUUGAUUUCUCGAAAUAUCCAAAGAUUACUAAAUGGUACAAUGAAUUUAAGAAGAUUCAUCCGUCGUUAUGGAAGAUCUCUUCAGAUGGAAUGAAAGAAAUUCAAUAUUUUGAAGCAAAUCGGCCUGAUUUAUCACAUCUGAAUCACCCCAUUCACCCUGCUAGAAAAGCCAAGACGUAA